AUGUCGCAGAGCGGUUCUGAGAGCGAUUCCAGUUCGUCUGUUUCGUCCAGGAGAGGUCCAGUGACGGUCUAUGAAGAGUUUGAACCAGCGUCGUCGAGUCCUGUGCAAGUCCCAAUCUCCAGCAGCCCCGGCGCGCAACAGCACAACUUGUCUUCUUCCCCUGGAUCGACUCGCUCGGAAUCCUCGAUUCGCAGCAUAGACUACGCGUAUUCACUCUCGAGGUCGACGUCGACGAAUUCUGGUGUCUCUGACGUUGCGAAAGCUGAAAAUCUGGCGCUUUAUGAGCUGGAAUGCGAAGCUGCACUCCAUCGAGCAGAGUUCUCGAAUCUCCUCACUGAACGCCUUCUCCAGGUGCCUGAAAACGUCGACGAUCGAUUUCAGCGAACUGUGCUUUGGCGUGACGCGACGGAGGCGACGAGUAGCCCACCCCACCCUCAGCAGCCCGAGUAUCGACUUAUCAAACGGGCCCAUUCUAUCGCUGAAACAGGUGGAUUGACAUAUACGCCCCGCAAGUUUAGGAAACUGGACAAAUCGCAAAAGGCGAGUUUUUAUUUGAUGCAUACGCCCAUGCCCACGCGCGCUCUCGAGGUUCCAACUGCCCCCGCCUCACCUGCCAAGUCUGGUUCUUGGCGCGGAUCUAUACCCAUCAUCGCGCCUCCGCCCAUGUACAAUCCGCGACUCCCGCUCAAUAGUGAUACGGAAGCAAAGAUUCGCCUUGCCAAGUUUCUCGAGCGGGAAGGGAAUGAGCGAAGUCGAGAUGGACUCCACCAAGCCCCGCCGUGUUUCGACCCCGAUGGCCAUUCACCGGCAGUUCCUGCUUCGACUUUGCCAAUCUCGGUUGCUGGAUGGGAGAAGCGGAUCGAUCUCGGCCGUUCUCUGAGGGAACGGGCCAUAGCUUGGAUGGCCACUAUCCUUCCAAAACACCCAUCUGGCAGGACUCGCCAUUCCGAUGACGGCGGAACGACAUCUCGCGAAUCGUCCUUUGCCUCGACUUCGACGACCAACUCUUCCCGUUUGUCCAAUCUGUACGAUCAGUUAUCCUCAUGUCCAGAGACUCGAUUCCACGCCAUUUGGAUGUUUCUGCGCUACUUUUUCAUCAUUUCCGCCAGCGACGAUUCGGAGAUGAAAUGUUGCCAUUCGCAGUUCCCUGACAGCCACGAACGUUUAGAGGACGAGACCAGGGAGAAAUACGAUCCAGACCAGGAAUUAAUUGUUUGGGAUAUCGCCUUGGCAUGUCUAGCCCUGAGCGUCAAGUUUCAUCGGGAUUUCUUGAUCCCUUUGUAUCCAAUUCAAUCCAGCGAGUUCUUGGAGUUGGCUCGCCAUGACAUAAACUAUGAAGAAUUCGAGACCGCCCAAAGAGAUGUGCUCGCCGCGCUCUCCCACUCUGUCGGUGUCAGUCCUCAGCCUAUUCUUGACGAGUUAUGGCGUGCUUUGUCUUCAUUGCGUGAGUUGCUCGAUUUUGAGGGCGGGUGGAAUGGGUUGCAAAAAGAAGUGUGGCUUCGGCUCUACGACAUCAUAUAUGCUGCAGACAUUCUCAAGUUUCCUCAAUCGUGUUUGGUUGGGACUGCGUUGAUCGAUGCAUUGCCAACGUUCUUAGCGGGAAGGUACGAGUAUGAAGCCCCGUGGCAUUGCAAGGCGAUCAGGAAGCAGGGGUGCCGACCUUCUGACCGUGCAGGAGGGAGAAGGGAGAGGUUCUUGAAGCGAGCAACGGUUGACUGUGAGGGUGUAAUUUUGGAUGUCCAGGCGGCGUUGGGUCUCACCAAUGCCCAACUUUCCGAGUGCCAGGCGUGGUGGAGAACGUCUGCUUGAUUAGUCGGCACCAGAACGUUCUACUUUGUCAGAGACCUUGCAAUGAACAUUGUGAC